GUUUGCGCCAAAAAACACAACACCACCGACAUGAUCUCCGAAGAGGAAAUACUGGAGCAGGCGGCGCGCGACGGCUCGAUAGACAUCGCGGAAUGGCCUCGCGUGCUUGAGAGCUUACUUCAACGACUGCACGAUAUUGUCUACAACGAGUUCCCAAUCCCACAAAUUCCCGUUCCACACUCCACGCACCAAAUCGCCCCCAUCGAUCCGGAAGUCGUCGCCUCGACACCCCCGCCACGCCUGCCAACCACAGACACCGACGCACCCGACAGCAAUUUUCAUGUUGGAGAGAGCGAUGCCCCAGCCAACAGCCAGAGCAGUACGAAAGAGAACGACGCUCCGAUUGACAUUGCCGCCGGGCGGCCGAAUUUCCCUCCCGGAUUCGACGUGACAGCAGACUCGCAGCAGACCGAAGCCGUGCCCUCACCCACGCUUUUGGCAGAUGGAACACAGCUCUCUGUCCACAGUACACUGCCGCCGGAACUCCUCAGCAUAUACCAGUCUUCGACCAAAAUCCUGCAAUACGACUUCUCCGAGAGCCCUCCGUACACGAUUCAGCGGCUCGCAGAACUGGUGCUUCGACCGAAACGACACUACCGCUUCCUCCCCGCCUACUUACGUGCUCUCGAUCGAAUAGUUUCAGUUAGCUCGCCUGUAUCGGACUUUCCGCUACCAGCGUUGCAAGUAGCAGCGAAUGGAGGCUUUCUGACAAACGGCGAGGCACAGGUGAAUGGCAUUACGGAAAGAGAUGGUCUCGGUAGUGAUGAGAGCUUGGGCGGCGCGCUGCUGACGCCAAUACCGUGGCUGCGGAAUCAAUCAAAUAUUCUGACACCUACGUCUGCCUCAGACAGCAACAGCCAGGGAGAGCUACACAGCGAGGGCACGGAAAUGGUAGACGGACCACACGGGCUUGGCGGAAUUGAGACAGUGACAGUCACUGUCAACGGCAUACAUAGUACUGGUGCCCCUCAGCAGGUUACAUCUUCGCCGAUCGCCUCGCCGACCUUGUCCGAACAAAGUGACGCCAGCACCGGGUCAGCAUCGUCUACUGAAAUUCAACUCAGAGAGCAAGGCGCGGUCACACAAGGAGAACUAUUACGGCAGGAACAAGAAGCAGGCAUUGUGCCUAUGGAUCCGAAUGGCAAUCCCAUGACGCCGAGAAGUUUGCUUAAUCACCGUCCCGGUGUUGUUGGUCGCGACGGUGGCUCACUGGUGCCUGCAAUUGCAGAAGCAGCGAUGGAUGAGGGUAUGGAAGAGCAGCCGCAUGCGAGAGGACCGGAGGAGAUCGGCGAUAUUGAUACCGGCCCACAGAGGCCUGCAGAAGCUGGCGCACCUACGCUGGAUAUGGAGGCCGCCGUUGGUCGAGGCAGAUCGAAGAGUCCUAUCCCCGAUGUCGCCGACGCCUUUCCUCCUGCUGCCAAAGCAAAUGAAGACCAGGAAAUGGGUGAACCUGGCGCCCCUGGAAAGGACCCCCAAGACGUUGAGAAGGACGUUCAGAAACUGAAGGAGGCGAUGGACGAUGAGAAAAUGGAAGAGGCAAGAGAUGCAGACGGUGAUGUUGUAGUGGCUGAUGUUGAUAGCAAUCCAGUGGUAAAGGAAAGUGAAGCCAAGUGACCUGGCAAGGCUUGAUUCGAUCCUAUAUCGAAACCAAGGAACCUUCGUCAUGUGCUUUGAGAUCGCCGAGACUGAUGGCAGAGUACCGAAAGGGCGACUUUCUGACUUGACGCUACACUGCUGCAGUGUUUGGGCUGUACUCGUUACGAUCGAGGAUGGUCCUUCAGGCUGCUCGUAUCGGGGCGUCGUCCAAGGCUUUGACAGCAGCAACCAGCCAUACACAUACACUGACAACGGUGGCCCCGGCGGGCCACUGUCUAGGACCAGCAGUCCUAGAUCUAUGUAUGCUUACUUAAGAGUGAGGUAUAAUUCCGCGCACACGUCCGCGACACCGCGAUGGCGC